AUGUAUAAUUAUUAUAGAAAGGAGAAGUUUGAAUAACUGAUUUAAUAAAAAGAAAAAAGAUUUGAAAAGGAAUAGAUCGCAACAUAAGAAACUAAAAAAAUAAACAACAUUUUAGCAACAAAUUAUGAUAAGAGAAUAAUGAGUUUUUUAGAAAGGAUGUCUCAAAAACCAAUAGUUAUUCAUGAUUCAAUAUAUAUUAAAGAAUCAAGAUCAACAAGUAAUGAUAAUAGAAGAUGGCUUAAUGCUUCUGCUUUACAUUCAUUGGAAUAUUAUUAAAACUAUAAAAUAAAUAAUCGAUAUCUCAGUGAUAGAAAGUAACUUAAACAUAAAUUAACAGAAACUCUUCAAGAUCAACAAAAUAUAAAUGUUUCUGAAGUUAGUAUACUUGAUUCUUUUAAUCCAAAAAAGUUGGAAUCAUCUAGAAGGGAAAAACAAAAACAAAUUACAUUAAUAGAUUCUCCAUUAAUUAGAAGGAAUAUGAGAAUUAAUUUGGAUAAGAUUUAAAUUAAGAGGAGAUUAGAUAAAAAAGAAGAAACAAGUAAUAAAAUGUAAAAUAUUUCUUUAAAGAAGGCAGACUUUAUUUUAAUGGUUUAAAAUCUUUAACUGUCUAAUAAAGAAUGUUUGAUAAUGAAUAAUCUAAAAGAACUAUCUCUGGAAAAGCUAGAAGCAUUUUAGAAAAAUGCAAUAUCAUUUCUAAAAAACCAUGA